AUUGUUAACAGUACUCGGACUCUUAAAGUAUACUUUAAUGGCUGAUAUAGAACAAACUUCAUAAAAAACAAUGUAAAUGUAACUAAACGUAGUAACCCGGACUUAAAUCGCACAGAAAAUCUGUGACAUGAACUAAAAUCCACUGCAGUCUGUUAUUCAUUUUGGUCAGGAGUAAACAUUUUUUUUCCUAAGCUGUACUUAUAUAUAUUGUUCUGUAACUUUAUGUGAUUAUGCACAUAAUCGAAUAAACGUUGGGAUUAUUCUCUCUAGCAGCGUGGCUGCAGAGCUGUACCGAGAAUCAUGGAAGGUUCUCUCAGCCAUCACCAGGCAACAACAACAACAACAACAAAGCACUCCUCUUAUUCCCUGUAUGUAUGUAUGUGUAUAUAUAUAUAUGUGUGUGUGUGUGUGUGUGUCGUAUUUUCAGUCGUCGUCAUAAAGGCUGCGCAUGAGCCUUUAUGACGAUGACUGAAAAUUCACCAAAGCAGGCGUGAAAACACCUGGAUUAACAGAGUGGGUGGGUGAACGUGGGGGUGGUUCAUCUCAGCUCCUGUCUGUCGACUAUAAGAGCUGAGGUGAAAACUCCUCAUUUGUUGUUUUAUCUAUUUACUGACCUCAGCUGGCGACCUGUGUGUACUUGAAGUUAUGGCGUUGUUCAACGGCUCAGACUUUUCUAGAUUUAAGCAGGAGCAACAAAAAGAACUGAUGAAAUUUAAAGAUUUACACUUAGUGUUUGAAGAACAGGAUCACCGCAAAGAGCCGACACACCGAGGCCCAGAGACCCAGAGGAAGAGGAAGAGAACCAUCUUCAGCCGAGCACAGCUGUCACAGCUGGAGCAGGUCUUUGCGAUGACUCCUUAUCCAGAUAUCACUCUGAGGGAGAGGCUGGCAGCGCACACACACCUGCCGGAGAACAAGAUCCAGGUUUGGUUCCAAAACAGAAGGGCCAGAAGUAUGAAAGGAGAAAGGCUCUGCAGUUCCAUUAAGUCUGAGCUUGUAAAUAAAGGGACGACAGAUUCGUGCCGUGGAUCCGUGACUCCCUCUCUCCCCAUACCAUCGACCACACUGCAAGAUAUUUACAGACACGACCAGAACCAGCGUUCUGAUGAUGUGGGACACAUUUAUUCAGACUGGUACCCGUUUCACAGCCACCCAGUUCUGACUCCCUCGAGCCCAUCACCUCUUUAUCAACAACCCACAGUUGGCUCAUCCAGUUCAGAACCCUAUCCCUGGGAGGAGGAGGAGGAGGACCAGCCUCAGCCUCAGCCUCAGCCUCAGCCUCAGCAGCACCUGGGAGCAGCAGUGCACCAGUCCUUCUCAUCCCGACCGUAUCAAACUUUGAGGAGCUGCACGUUUCAGAGUUUGGUUCCGUCAGGAGCUCAUCAGCCUGGGUAUGGUGUGAGAUGUGGAGGUGGAGGUCAUGGCUCCGUGGACCAGGUGGGCCCUACACAUCCAAAGCAGAUGUACUGGGAAGUCCCUCAGGGGGGGCAAGGACACCAUCACCACCACUACCACCACCAUCUCCGCCAUCAUAACCAUCAUACACAGAUGGCACCACAGACCUCCAUGGGAUAUAUUUCAGAUCUCAUCUACAAUGCUGCCAUAGUCACCAACUUCCUAGAAAGCUGAUGUUUGAUACGGCCUGGGCCACAUAGUGGAGAGUGGUUAAUGCCCUUACCUUACACCAGGUUUGAUCCCCAGUGUUUUUUUUUCUUCUUCUCCUGGUUCUUCUGUUUCUCUCCUGACCAGUAGUUUUUUACUCUGAGUGUAACCGGUUCCUCAUCUCUAUGGCUCUGUUUACACGGCGAUGAUACGACUGCUGUAGCCUCCAGAUACGGAGCGUUUACAUGGAUCUGGUGCAAACAAAAUGAGCGUCUAAACAGAGCCACAGAAUACGACUCCGUGUCACAGACUCGGAAACUGUCCACGUUGUACCCUGUCCUCACAUAUCCACAGCUGGGGUAAGCUCCAGCUCCCCCGUGACCCUAAAUAGGUUUUAGUGAAAAUAAGUUUGUUUUUGAUAUGGUUUAAAAUGUCACCUUUGACAAUGAUGAUAAUAAUAAUUGUCAAAUGUUGUGAAUUUCGACUCUUUCUGUUUUCUUCCUGCUUUGUAGUUGUAAUGUUGGUUAUUACUGUAUGUUUUUUGAAACAGGCCGUGACAGGCGAAACACCACAAAGGUUGUUUCUUGCAAUACCUUAUAGGCAUAUAUAUGUUUUACAAAUCUUACUGAAUUUCUUUUACUUUUUUUCCUGUUUUUUUCUUCUUAGGUUAGAAAAUGAUUAUUUUAUCACGGAAAAAUUUUAUCAAAGUGAAAAAUACGCAAUACAAGAAUAGAUUUAAAAUAUUAAAAAGCACUGAGGGCGCGACAGCCAACCCGCGAUAUAGCGAGGGACGACUCUAUACAUUAUAUAUUGUUUGGUGUUCGCCUUUUUCGUAAAUUCACCCAGUGUUUCCAAAGUUCUUCAUUCAAGCACUGGUUAUUUCAUAAUCUUGUUUUAAAGCUGUUCAGUAUAAUUCUACAGUAUAGGCAGGGUUAGAUGACCAGACUGAAUCUACCGCUGUAAAUGAAUCAUUUAGGGCUAAAAAGUAACUGAAACAUAUGAACUAAUUAUUAUUUCUUUCAUAAACAAGUGAAAUGUCUGAAUGACAUGCAGUAAGAUGUCGAUUGUUUUUGGCAGGUCGUUCUACUUCACUUUGCCUGCUGUGUUUGUGGCUCCUGUUUUUCCUGUUCUAAGCUGAACUGUGUCAUGUAACACUCUGACCCCACGAGUAUUAUCUUUCAAAACAUCCUGAUUAAAAUGAUUCCUCGUGCCUCAGAUACCAUGACAGGAAUUAUUAUCUUCUGUGUCAAAUUAUAGCGUAUAUAUAUUUUCUCAUAUCUCUUUGGCCUGUAUCGGCGAGGUCAGAUGGACGGAGGGAAGACAGAAAAAUGAAAAAUACUAAAUUAAAGACAGAGCUCAGGGUCUAUCUGCUUACAGGCUCAGUAAUUCUGCCGGGAUUUAAGUUUUGAAAUAUUACAUGAGAAGUAUAAUACACGGACAAAUAUGACAGAC